UCCCAGAGAGGAACGAAGCGUAAACAGCGCAGGGCAUUUCGGGAGCGGGAUUGUUUCGCGCAGGAAGCAGGCUCCAUUUUAGCGCCGCCCGCCGUCGCCAUCUGUUUCCCUUCCCUCCCCCAUACCUAGCCCGAGUCUGAGCCCUAACGAGAAGGCUGGGCCUAGGCCGCUGGAUGCUGGAGUGAAAGGAAGGGAGAAAGGGAAAAAGAGGGAAGAGUCGAGAAGGCUGAGUGUUAAGAGGCCAAGUGCGACGCGCGUAUCCGGGCAGACGGACUGACGGACGGGCCCGUGCUUCUGCCGCGGCUGCGGCGCCCGCGCGAGUCGCGUCUAAGCGGCGGCGGCGGUGGCAGCGGCGGAAACCGAAGGGGAGCAAUGGCGGCCGACAGUCGGGAGGAGAAAGAUGGAGAACUUAAUGUUCUGGAUGAUAUUUUAACUGAAGUACCAGAACAAGAUGAUGAACUGUAUAAUCCAGAGAGUGAACAAGAUAAAAACGAGAAAAAGGGAUCAAAAAGAAAAAGUGAUCGAAUGGAAUCUACUGAUACCAAACGACAAAAGCCUUCUGUCCAUUCAAGACAACUGGUUUCUAAGCCACUGAGCUCAUCUGUUAGCAAUAACAAAAGAAUAGUUAGUACAAAAGGAAAGUCAGCCACAGAGUAUAAAAAUGAGGAAUAUCAAAGAUCUGAAAGAAACAAGCGUCUAGAUGCUGAUCGGAAAAUUCGUCUAUCAAGUAGUGCCUCCAGAGAACCUUAUAAGAAUCAACCUGAAAAAACCUGUGUCCGGAAAAGGGAUCCUGAAAGGAGGGCCAAAUCUCCUACGCCAGAUGGUUCUGAGAGAAUUGGGCUUGAAGUGGAUAGACGUGCAAGCAGAUCCAGCCAGUCUUCUAAGGAAGAAGUGAACUCUGAAGAAUAUGGCUCUGACCAUGAGACUGGCAGCAGUGGUUCUUCUGAUGAGCAAGGCAACAACACUGAGAAUGAGGAGGAAGGAGUGGAAGAAGAUGUGGAGGAAGAUGAAGAAGUAGAAGAAGAUGCAGAAGAAGAUGAAGAGGUGGAUGAAGAUGGAGAGGAGGAGGAGGAAGAGGAGGAGGAGGAGGAAGAGGAGGAGGAGGAGGAGGAAGAAGAAGAAUAUGAACAGGAUGAGAGAGACCAGAAAGAGGAGGGAAAUGAUUAUGACACUCGAAGUGAGGCCAGUGACUCUGGUUCUGAAUCUGUUUCCUUCACAGAUGGGUCUGUCAGAUCUGGUUCAGGCACAGAUGGAUCAGAUGAGAAAAAGAAGGAAAGGAAGAGAGCUAGAGGCAUAUCUCCAAUUGUUUUUGAUAGAAGUGGAAGCUCUGCAUCAGAGUCAUAUGCAGGUUCAGAAAAGAAGCAUGAGAAAUUAUCAUCUUCCGUUCGUGCUGUCCGAAAAGAUCAAACCAGUAAACUCAAAUAUGUGCUUCAAGAUGCAAGAUUUUUCCUCAUAAAGAGUAACAACCAUGAGAAUGUGUCUCUUGCCAAAGCUAAGGGUGUAUGGUCCACGCUCCCUGUAAAUGAGAAGAAAUUAAAUCUUGCAUUUAGAUCUGCAAGGAGUGUUAUCUUAAUAUUUUCUGUCAGAGAGAGUGGAAAAUUUCAAGGGUUUGCAAGACUUUCUUCAGAAUCACAUCACGGAGGAUCUCCUAUACACUGGGUGCUUCCAGCAGGAAUGAGUGCUAAAAUGCUGGGAGGUGUCUUUAAAAUUGACUGGAUUUGCAGGCGUGAAUUACCCUUCACUAAGUCGGCUCAUCUCACCAAUCCUUGGAAUGAACAUAAACCAGUAAAGAUCGGACGUGAUGGACAGGAAAUUGAACUUGAAUGUGGAACCCAGCUUUGUCUUCUGUUUCCCCCCGAUGAAAGUAUUGACUUGUAUCAGGUCAUUCAUAAAAUGCGUCACAAGAGAAGAAUGCAUUCUCAGCCCAGAUCACGAGGACGUCCAUCCCGUCGAGAACCAGUCCGGGAUGUGGGAAGGCGUCGACCAGAAGAUUAUGAUAUUCAUAACAGCAGAAAGAAACCAAGGAUUGACUAUCCCCCUGAGUUUCACCAGAGACCAGGGUAUUUAAAGGAUCCACGAUACCAGGAAGUGGACAGUUUCACAAAUCUUAUUCCCAACAGACGAUUUUCAGGAGUUCGCCGAGAUGUGUUUUUAAAUGGGUCCUACAAUGAUUAUGUGAGGGAAUUUCAUAACAUGGGACCACCACCACCUUGGCAAGGAAUGCCCCCUUACCCAGGAAUGGAACAACCUCCACACCAUCCUUACUAUCAGCACCAUGCUCCACCUCCUCAAGCUCAUCCCCCUUACUCAGGACAUCAUCCAGUACCACAUGAAGCAAGAUACAGAGAUAAACGAGUACAUGAUUAUGAUAUGAGGGUGGAUGAUUUCCUUCGUCGCACACAAGCUGUUGUCAGUGGCCGGAGAAGUAGACCCCGUGAAAGAGAUCGGGAACGAGAGCGAGACCGCCCUAGAGAUAACAGACGAGACAGAGAGCGAGAUAGAGGACGUGAUAGAGAAAGAGAAAGAGAGCGAUUAUGUGAUCGAGACAGAGACCGAGGGGAGAGAGGUCGAUAUAGAAGAUAAUGGGCUUUUGGAAGCACUGAUUGUUUAAAGAUACAAAAAAUCUUGUAUUUUUUUUUUGUGUGUGUUUACAAGUAGUAAAUUUAUUUUCAGCUGUCUGCCUAUGAAGUUCAUUGUGUAGAAGGAUUUAUUAUGACCCCCUUUGUUCCAAGCAUGCAGUAUCAUAAGAACUGGAAAAACUCAAAUCCGCCAAAAAUCCACAGCUGACAGUUGAAUUGACACUUUUAUUGGGGCAGAAUGGAACAGUCCAAGAAUGUAGAUACUGAUUCUUUCUCCAUAAAUGUUCUUAUAGUGUGUUCAUCCUAGAGUUAUUUUUUUGUUUGUUUUUUUCCUUUUUGGAUCUUGAUUGAUAACUGCCAUGAUAUUUUGCUUUGAUGUGUUUCUACAUGUAGUUGCACACGGUUCAGUAAAAAUAAUGCUGCUAUCGAGUAUGCAAAUAUUGAAGUAUGAUGGUUUGACUGUAUGGCAGUGUUGUAGCAGCCUCUUGUUUUUUUCCCCAUUGCCUCUUUUUUUAAAAAACUUAUAAAGUCACUUUUUAUUUUUCCUCAGUCUUCAAUGACGAGAGCAAUAUUAAGAAGACAUUGCUAUCUAAUUUUUAAUCUUUUUAAAUGAAAAAUUCCUAUGUUCAGUAGCGUGGUUGAUGCUAUUGUUUAGCCUUCCCCUCCAAAUUGUAUACAUUGGCUUGGAAUGUUCACAACUUGCGUGCGUGGCAGCGGAAGACGAUUCCCAUAUUCUACAUUGCUACUGUUUUGUAUAAAAUAAAUUGGUAAAGAUUGACGGUUA